CCUGCCUGAGCGAGGUAAGGUAGUACGGUCCUGUUUUUCAAAUUCUUUGAAACAAAAUUAAUGUUUGACCAGCUGACCAACCGAGUUUCAGGAGCGCAUUUAGACACAGUGUCGUUUGAAAAUGGCAACGACUGAGCAUGUAGAUGCUGGCCAUGGCGACGAUGUGAAAAGUGCAGCCAGGAAGACUCUAAAAAAAUCAUCCGAUCAGAUUAAGAAUGACUCCUUCAAUUAUGCUUGGGAUAAGUUUUACGGCAAAAAAAACUAUAAACCAUCAUGGAUACAAAGAUCUCCAAAGGACAGACUACCAACAAUUACAGCCAAUUCGGAUGAAACUGGUAAGAAAACAGUCGUGCUGAAAGGGGACGUUGAGUUAGCGCACGAGUACCAGGUAAAACUGGUUGAAGGUAUACCGAUUCAUCAUCGAACUAAAGAUGAACUAAAGCCGCUGGAAAUUUCCGGGAAAGUAGUUCCCAAUGAAAAACAGUUAAAGAAGUGGCGUGACGUUAUAAAAUUAAACGGCAUAGAUUCUGAAGGCAGACCAUUUUUUAAUAAGGUAGUCAAAGAUACAGAUGUCCCUAGAUGGAUGAACGAAAAUGACUAUGGGGCAACGAUUGUACGAAAGUUUGUUCAUAAAUCGGAUGGAAAACAGAAAAAAACUGACAGCAAGCCUAUUAGAGGCAAACCCAAUUUGGCCCACUAUGAUAUGGUCACGAAAUAUGAAAAUCGCAUGAAGCACGCUGACCUAAAGUCUAUAGGUUGUACAACUUUACCAGACAAACGUACGUUGAACAGACUUGCAGAACAAUUUGAUAUUCCGCCUGAUGUCGGGACGAGGGAUUAUGGAUCGUCUGUAAGAACAGUUAAUGAGCAGACCGAGACUGAAGGCAGAAAGAAUUUCCACGCAGUUGUCAAACAAGUAAAUGUUCCGAAAUUUCUAGAUGAAACUUACAGGCCACGUUACUUUUAGGCCUUAUCUGAUAACAUGAAUUGGUCAUACCUUCGAAAUAAAUAUCGAUUGGAAGAAUAGGCUACGAAAGGGUUUGUCCAUUUAUCAAAUUUUGUGACAAAUGACUAUGAUAUGCUCAUAUUUAGCUGUAUUAUGACAUGAUCAUGCCCAUAAAUGGACAAAUCACACAAAUUUGUCAUAAAAUGCGAUAGUAACAUAAAGUCAUAUAAGAAGCAACCUGCUUUUAAUGCAAACUUCCGAUAAACCUAUGUUAAAUAUUCAGUAUUUUUCCUUUAAUGUUGUACAAUUGUUACA